AUGGAUCCCGAAUUGCUCAGCACGCCCUGGAUCUGGCAUCCCCACUGGCAAGACCACGGCGAAAACACUGCUGGUGGCAUCGUCCACUUCCGCAAGAGCCUGAAGCUGGAAGAAGUUCCGCAUGGGCCGUCGAGAAUCCAGAUUACAGCGGACACGAGAUACAAGCUAUUCAUCAACGGUCAACACGUCUUUUCCGGCCCCGUCAAAGGGGAUGAACAUCUCUGGUUCUAUGACGAGAUCGACAUUAAACCAUUCUUGAAGGCCGGGGUGAAUCGUAUUUCAGUCAGGGUCCUGCGCUUCUUUCACGCCACGCAGUACGCCACAAACCGUGCCACGGUGCUCCGCAUCGACCAGAAAGAAGACGAUUUCCUCCACAUUUACGAAGACGUGGACGCAAGGAAAGCGUCGGGGCUCGAUUGGGUUUCGGCGAAGCAAUUAGAACUGCCAACAUCACAUGGCAUCACUCCGCCGUGGGUGCUCUCGCCGCGAAUGAUACCAAAGCCAACGACUACCUCCCAAGUACUUGCAGCUGUUCACAAUAUCAAAAGUUCUAUCAGCCAGGCCUCGUGGGAGAGCUUCCUCAAAGAUGGUGCGGGCACGCUCCGACUGCCCGCGGGCACACAUCACCACAUCGAGGUUGAGGCAGAAAUUCACUUGACGGCAAUGCUCGCGUUUCGUUUCAGACGACCCCAAACCUCGGGAUCAACCUUACGAGUUCGUUAUUCUGAGGCAUAUGAAGAGGAACCAGAGUACGUUCCCUACAUUCGCCGCAAGGGCGAUAGGAGAGACACGACCAAGUCCCUGUUCGGGCCUGAAGACAAAUACAUCUUUGCCGGCUCUUCAGGGGCUCACGCCAGCUCCGAGAUCGCCUACAGUUUAGAUGCGGCGGAAUUUGAGGCCUUCUCGCCUUUUCACUUCCGAACUUUGCGCUUCAUGUCUAUCGACAUCCAGGUAGACCAAGGGAGCGAUCUGGAAUUUGUAGGAAUUGUUCUCGACCAGGUGCAUUAUCCUUUGGACAUCAAGAGCGGACUCACCCUUGUGUCGACCGAUGACCACCAGAAGACUUAUCAGCGACUCUGGGAGAACAGCGCACGCACGUUGACCAACUGUAUGCACGACUGCUACGAGGACUGUCCCUUUUAUGAGCAGCUGCAGUACGCCAUGGAUGUUCGCAGUUCCUGUCUGUUCACGUACGUCCUGUCAGGUGACGAUCGAAUGGCUCGACAAGCUAUCAUUCAACUUUACAACUCCUAUCGUCCGAGUAUCGGGCUCAUCGCAAGUCGCAGUCCUGCUCAUGUCUUUCAAGUGAUCCCUCACUUCUCGCUCUUCUGGAUCUGUACGGUAGCUGAUCACUUCACACAUUACGGCGACGGAGACUUCACUCGAAAAUUUCUGGCAGUAUGCGACGGUAUACUUUCGUCCUUCGCGCAGCGCUUGAAUGCCGAAACUGGACUCAUAUCAAGUGACUGCCAGUCAGUCAGAACGCAUUGGGACUUUGUCGACUGGACAACACAAUGGAGACCUAUGGGUAUACCGCCGGCUGCCGAGAGGACGGGCACUCAGACGUUUACCAACUUUCUAUACGCCUACACGCUCAAGACCAUUGCAGAAACUGUCAAGGACCUCGGUCGGCCGGCCCUCGCCCAAGAGUAUAGGUCACGAGCAGACGAUAUUAUUUUGGCCACACAGAAGCACUGCCGCGUGGGGGCAGUCUUUACGGAUGGAGUAGCAGCCAUAGCUGACCAUUCGCUGGACUUUAGUCAACAUAAUCAGAUCUGGGCUGUUCUUUGUGGCGCGACCGGUGGUGAGGAGGCGAGACAACUCCUCACAUAUUGCUUCGAUCACGGCCCGGUUGCAUCGAAACUCCUCACCGCGUCGGGACAACCCGUCACGUUCACCAAAGUUUCCACGGCGAUGUCAUUCUACGCUCUCCGGGCCUUGUCCGAAGUUGGCGGAGACCUCUACGACAAGACUUUCCACUCUUUCUGGGAUCCCUGGCGGUAUCAGCUGAGACAGAACCUCACAACUUGGUGCGAGGAUGAGGUGACGCUCAGAUCCGACUGUCAUGCGUGGAGCGCGGUGCCCCUCUACGAGUUCACGACCGAGGUAGCCGGAAUCAAACCACUCGAGCCUGGAUGGCGAGCCAUCUCUUGCGCUCCUCGGUUCAACCUCUUCAGCGAGUUUGACGCCAAGGUGGCGCUUGGUGGGGAACUAGCGCCUGGUAUUGCUCGUGUCAGAUGGUCCCGAGAGGUUGGUACUGAUGAGCUGAGUUUGUCGGUUGUUCUACAAGACAUUCCAGUCGAAGAACCGAUUCGAGUGAGCGUGAAGCUUCCGAGUGGUGUUGAGGAGCAUUUUGGUCGUGAUCUUAAGUUCAACUUGCAACUAAAGUAG